AUGGGCGAUCUGAGUGGCCCGGUGUACGAAAGUACGCCGAAAAACUAUAAAAAACGAAGUACCAGACAAACAAAUUUUGCAACACCUCAUAUUCCACUGGCUGGGGGCGGUAGUAAAAAAGCAAGACUAGUCAUAGAACAAAUAAACGUUUCAAAUCAAGCAGCUCCUCUCGAUGGACAGUCAGAUGUAAACACAAAUGUUAGUUCAUCUCGCCGCUCUGUAAAUAAACAACUUUCUCAACCUCAACGAGUUAUUGCAACUGGAAAUAAAUCUCGUCAAAACAACUGGAUGUAUGUGAAUCGUAAAGAAACAUCUAAACCGAGUAAUCGUCGUGUUUCACCUAUUCGAAAUCGACAGUCUCAGAGCUCCGGUCGAAAUAGACAGUUAGUUCAAACACAACAGUCAAAGAAGAGCUGCUCCUGUGAAAUCGCUUUAAGAGAAAUAAGAGCUUUUCAGCGUAGUACAAAUCUUCUUUUAAGGAAGUUACCAUUUGCACGUUUAGUACGUUCUAUCACUGUUCGUACACUUGGUCCGAGCUAUUUAUCAUUUAAUUGGCAAGCUGUCUGUUUUUUGGCAUUACAAGAAGCUGCAGAAGCAUUUAUUGUUCAUUUAUUCGAAUGCGCACAACGAUGUGCAAUACAUGCAAGACGUGUAACAGUUAUGACCAAGGAUAUACAAUUAGUGACACAUUUACAAAAUAUACCAACUUCAUCACAAUUUACACAUUAUCAUCAUACUAUACAAAGCCAACAACAACUGGCACAUUUGAAACAAUUAAAAUAUAAACAUGCUUCACAGCCUCGAAAAAAAGGUUAUUCUCAACAAUCAGAUGUUGAUGAAGACGAUAGCACUGAUACUUCAUAG